UGGAGACUCAGCGUGCGUUCAGGGGCCUCGGAAGGGCGGGGCGGCGCGCCGCGCAGGCGCGCUGCCGGUACUACGGCCUAUCUUUUCUUUUCUCUUCUCUCGGGCGGCGGUUGGAAAAUGGCGACUGUGGCGGAGCUUAAAGCAGUUUUGAAGGAUACGCUGGAAAAAAGGGGUGUACUGGGACACUUAAGAGCCAAGAUCAGAGCAGAGGUUUUUAAUGCAUUAGAUGAUCAAGGUGAAAAACCUCCACCCCUGUCUCAUGAAAACCUCCUAAUUAAUGAACUAAUUCGGGAGUAUUUGGAAUUCAACAAAUACAAGUAUUCAGCAUCUGUCCUUACAGCUGAAUCUGGUCAACCAGUAAUGCCAUUGGAGAGACAAUUUCUCAUUAAGGAAUUAAAUAUAUAUGAAGACUCGAAUGCAAAAACAGUACCUCUUUUAUAUGGAAUUAUAUCUCAUUUCUUACAUGCGAAUAAAGAUGGCAUCCAAACCACUUUCAUAAAAGGAUCUUCACUGCAGCUUCCAAGAUGAAAUUUUGGCAGGCAGCUCAAUUGAAAAACACAUGAAGUGCAUGUGGUCAUUUAGAAAAGUGGAGGUUAACGGGCACUAAUGCAGAAGAUCAUCAUGUUUCUCAAGCUGUGAAGAAAUAGCUUUCAUUUGGUGCAAAUAUACAUUUUUAAUUUCUAUAUGUAUAUAGGAAAUUGGUAUUUAUUGUGAUAUAACAAUAUAUAAAUAAUAUAUAUGUACGUUGUAGAAAUGUUAGUUUUUGGAACAUAAUUAGCUAUCUCAUGUUUUUCUACAUUUGUGAAUAAAGGUUAACUUUGUCAUCUAGCUUGCUGAAUUUGAUUUGAGGAAGAUAAGCAUUUUGUUUUUAGGCAGUAUUUUAGGAGACUACAAACUAGUACAAAGUGAAAAUGCUUUCAUUUACUAUAAAAUUCCCCUCUUUGCCUUCCUUGUCCCUACUGGGAAACAGGGCUGAACAUAGCUGUAUGUUUUUCAACAUACUUCAUUUGCUGUAUUUCUUUGUCCAACUAAAAUUAUGUAGCAUAGCAAAACUACUUCAAAAUACCUAAAUUUGCAUAUAUGAAUGUAUAGGGAACAAAAUUAAAAAGCGAAGGUAAUAAAAAUAAUAUUAAAACUGGAGAAACUAUGAUUAAUCAGUAGUUUGUGAAAUGUAAGGUGAUUUUCCAAGAAGCUGUUUUUUCAGCUUUUAAUAGUUCAGGUUUUUAAAAUUGCCUUAGAAUAUGAAUUUUUAAUUUCUCAGUAAUCUCUUACCUUAGAAAAGUUUAUGCUUUUUCGGGAAGGGUUAAUUUAGAGGUUGGAAGAAGAAUUAGCUCUUUAAAUUUCCAUCAAGUCAAACAAAGGGCCCACUUUGUAGUAUGGACUUGUGAAAUUGCAGGCAUGAAGGGACAGGCUUUGAAUUAAAAUACCAGAAUGUGUCUACCUGUUAGAAAGAUGGUAUUGUUUAGCUUUUAUAGAGUCCUCAAUUGUAUAGUUAAAGGAUGAAAUACUAAAAUGCCUACCCCAUACUCACAUCUGGGAGUCUUCAUUAAAAUUUAUUUUGGCUUCACAAUAGGACGUAGUAUGAAAUUUUCUUGCAAAGUUAGGUCUUCUAAAAUUUGCUUUCUCCCACAUUCAUUAGUUACAUGUAUAAUGUGGAGUUAAUAUUUUCCCAGUUGCUGUGGGAUGUAUCUGAUUGCUACAAAGUAUGGUGCCUUACUGGCAGAAUGCAAUAUAAUAGAAGUUAAAUUUUAAAAGGUAUCUAGAAAAAUUUUAGCCUAAGUGGAGACCCUUGUUUCUUAAUGUUAGGGGCUAUUUCCAGUUGAAAAUACUUUGUACUGAUUUUAUAUUUGAUGGUAAUAGGUAAUGUUUAGCAUUUGGGGAUUAACAGAUCAAAAGUGUCACCAGAAUACAAAAGAUUUUUAAAGUGCUACCGUAAGUCAUAAGAUUUUAAAUACAUCAGUCUACUGUACAGUAAAGAAUUUAAGUAGAGUUGAUUGAAUAACACUACAUAAAAACGCAAGAGAACUAGUUACUAAUUUAAAAUUAAAUUUGUACUAUGUGAUUACAGUUAUGAGUUCCAUUGUAUUGUAUGUGGGAGUAUAAAUGUCUGGAUUCUCCCCAGAUUAACUUCAGGCUUCAAGGAUGUUGGCAGUGAACGUUGAAUUUACCUCAGGAAUUGGAAUCAUAUAGGACCAAAGGCAGUCAAAAUUGAGUACUGUAAUUUUGGAUGCAGAUGUCAAAACAUCAAAAUGGAAGCUAAAUAGAAUCAUGUCAUAUAUAGACCCUAGUGCUUUCAGAUGCAAUGUUACCUGUAACGAUUUUUAUACUACAAUGACUUUGAUAAUUUAAGUGUAUCUUUCAAUAAAUGAGGUUAAAGCAC